CUUCUUAUCGUGGUCACUGUUCGUUCCUCACACUACUAUCUAACAACCCAGUAUUUGUUCUUACUAACACUUACUUGGAUAAGUUAUUUUAACUAAAGCUUGAGGGUACCAGCUUAGCAGGAAAAAUGCGUGCGGUCCUUGUCACCUUCGGCUUGGCGGUUCUUGUGUCCAUGGCUCAAGGUUUGUCGUGUUACACGUGCUUCAGUACGAAUGACGAUUUGGAGUGUUUGAACGACCCUAAAGACGUGACUGAAUGUCAAAUAAGCGAGAGCAGCUGCUGCAGCAUCUACCGCCAGGAGUUCGCAGAGGACCAAGGCCAGAUAAUAUCCUUCACCCGGGGAUGCCAAGAGGAAUGUCCGAAGGAUGGCUUCUUUGACUAUUCCGACAGCACCUUUAAGAUCUACGUGACUUACUGCAGCUCAGAAAACUGUAACACUGGCCCAGGAAAUAAACCUCUUUAAGGAUGAAUAGGAAGGCAACAAUGACGACGUAAUCCCAUGCAACACUGGAGACAACCCUGCUUUCAGCGCCAUCUUCCCUAGGAAUUAAAACUAAGAAAUUAUAUACUAUUGCCAGCUUGACAAGAACUACCAACAAUUAAUUGUGCUUUGAUUUCACUCUGUAGUAUUCCAGCAAUUAUUGUGGUACAUCUCUAACCUCCCAGGGACUAUAUAGUUUCCACGAGCGAUUUACCUCUCACAGGACUGCGCGUAUUUAUAUCAACCUUUUGAUAAAUAUUUCAAAUUUUCUUACAUUCUCUGAUUCCUUUCUGAAGUGCGAAUGCCUUGAAUUGAUCUGCAUUUUGAUAGUUCAGAAACUUAACAUUAUUUUAGAAAUACCGCUUACCAAUUGUGAACACAUUUAGUUAGAAUUGUCUAUGAACCAAUCAGCUAUUAGUAUAGAAGAGGGAUGUGGCUUGUGGGCCAGGUUAGCGUGGAAAUACUAUAGCGCUGUGUUGUCUCCAUGUUAAGGUGGCUGCACACUGGGCACUUUCCUCCACACGUUGCCCAUUUUGUUGACCGUUGGCCUAAACGCCCAGCAAGCAAGCAACAGGGUUUCGGCUGUUGUGAGAAAUGAACAACAUUUGACGGCGAGCUUUGCUGGCCGGAUUAGUGCUCAAAGGAGUUUCAUAUAAUUUCAAGUAAAAUUUUAUAUAAAUCGUGAAACAAUAAUUUAAAAUAUAACACAUAAAUAUCAACAUAUUUCUAUUUAUUCGUCACUUUAAAACUUUUAUCAUCUUUGACCAGCCAGUCACUGCCACUUUUAAAGAAACUUCACAGUACAUUCAUUGUCUUUUCGUUAGCUUUUGGAGAAGCCUCAACUUGCUUCAGCAAUGAAAAACUAUAGCACAAUCCUGCAAGGCCUCAACUGUAGUAACGGGAUCCAUGGAAUCCCCGUCUAGACGCUUAGUUGCGUUAGGCAGACGCGCCAACCAAACAUCCCACCUAGUGAUACAAAACGCCUCGUGUUGCUGGCUGGACCGUGUUUGGAGGAAAAUGCCCAGUGCCGCCGCCUUUCGUCUACCAGGAACUAGGUCACUGUUGUUACCAUGUUAGUCUAUCAGGAGCUUUUUUUCAGCAUGCUCCUUCCAAUGGCAAUUUCUGGAGAGAUAAGGUUUGCUUCCCUCCAAAUGCUGUAAAUUGAAAACUUUGAACAAUACAUUUGAACUAAGAAACAGCACAAUAUCAAUUCUGGUUCGCACAUGAUACCGUCUGUGGCAAGAUGUCCCACACUUCUCUCCUGUAAUUUGUCCCAUAACUUCAGCCUCUAUUGUUCCAGUCAGGGACCUCUGUCAAGGCGUGGGGUUGGAAGUCGUUGCUAUAUUAAAUUGUUUUAUCGCCCAA